CUGGCGCCGACGAUGCCGAGAUCGGGCGGCUACAGGUUGACGCAGGUGGGCCCUGGCGAAGGGUACCCCACGCCCCCCAAGGACCAUUCGUACGCGGCGUGUCUCGCCUCGAUGCUCGUCUUCCUCGCCAUCUGCGUCAUCAUCCUCAUCGCCACGCACCCUUGGAUGGCAAAACCUCCACAUAAGAGUGGUUCGGACGACUUGAGCACGGGAGCCUUUGGCGGCGGAAAAUACAGUUCGAUGGCAACAACCUCCACUUUUAAACCAACAACACAUGAUGACUCUGAGGACUACAAAGAUGUCGCAACUGAGGUGCGUUCCAACAACCAGUCUAGUAACGCCGCAUCAACAGAGGAGGCAACUCAGACGACCUCACCGUUGCCGAAAAUUGACGACGAAGAUCUGCCAAGCUCUCGUGAUUUGAAAGAUUCCUCUGAAGAAAAGCAAGCCUCUAGCAGCCCAACAAGCACAGAAGCUUUGUCCUCGGAAUCUUCAUCUGUAAUCACCUCUUCUGAAGCGACAGAAUUAACUACAGUAGAGAAAUCAAAGUCGGAAGCGGCAGAAACGACAACUUCUGAAAAUGAUUUGACGUCGACUUCUAACGUGACCGAAUCUGGGGCGGAAACUUCGGCGACCGCAACUUCCGUUUCGGAGCGUCAAGGCAGAUCGGCCUCUCAGCCUCCGUCGACCGCCUCAACAGAAGAGGCGCGGUGUUCAAGUCAGCAGUGCAGCGCGAUCGCGAGUCGGCAGCUGAGUUUGCUGAACGUCGACGCGAAACCGUGCGACAACUUUUACGAGUACGCGUGCGGCGCCCUCCGCAGGACGAGGGACCUGGCAGAGGCUGACCCUGACGCCAGGGUGGACGAGCACAUUCGCCUCGCCAUGCUGGGCAACGAGUCCAAGUCGAUCAUGCCCAGAUUCUUCCAAUCUUUCUACGUCGACUGCCUCCGCUACGAGACCAAAUUCAACCACACGCAAAGACUCCAAAAAGCAAAGGAGAUUCUGAAAAGCGUGGGCUCUUUUCAAGACCAGAGGGCAGAGAGUGACGCUUUGACUGAUUUGAUUGCAAAAAUUUUCCACCUUAACAGUGCUCCCUUGUUUGACAUUCUCCUGGACGUGUCCGAGGCGGGCAGAGAUGACCCUUUUUCAAUAAAAAUCGUGCCUGCGAUGCCGCAAAACACUUUCCUCCACACCAGUUUAGACCAAAACGCGAAAAAGUGCUUUUUGCAAACGCGCCCCGCCCAAGGAAUUAACGUCAACUUGGAGGACCUUUACUACUCCCAUUACGUUCCAUGCAAGGACAAUGAGAUGGAAUACUUCAAGAGUUUGGAAAAGACGGUUGCCGAGUUUGAGGCUUUCAACGAGUUCCCCGAGCAAAAAGCGGUCCUUUUGCAGGGCACCAUGUUCGCCGCCGAGGAACUCAUCCGCUCCAAACUGAUUUCCCAGGCGUCCCUCUCUGAAGCGGACGUCCGAGUCAGCAUGCUAACCAAGGGCUACGAAAAGCACACUGUGUCAGAACUGCAGGAACUUUAUUCUUUGCUGAACUGGGAAGAUUUGUUGCGGAAAGUGGUGAAGGCGAAUUCAUCGAUGAUCAACGGUAAAACGGUGGUGCAGGUCUACAUGAAGGGCUACUUUGACGCCCUUUUUGAGCAGUUCGAUACGUACAGCGGCGAACACUCUCUUUACAACGCGAUCCUGGCGAUGUACGCACACGUGCUGUACGUGGACUUUGUCCUGGAAAAGGGGACGUGCGAUCGUUCGAAAAUGUGUCUCGACAUGUCCAAGCGGCUGAUGGCAGAUACUGCUUCUUCACUCUAUCUGUCCGCCUUCGACGAAAAGAAGUACGAAUUCCUCACCGAAAAGGCCACGGAGAUUUUCGAAAAGGAAGUGAUGCUCCUGACCAAACGAAUUCGCGAGUCGCCUCUCAUCAAGGACCAAACGGAAAAGGACAACCUGGUGGAAAAACUGCAGAACAUGAAGCUCGAGGUGGGAGGCGCCAAAAAGCCCACGCCCGAAAUCUACAUCACCGAAGGUGAUUUUGCUGAAGACUUUUUACAAAAGGCGAUUCGCCUCCUCAGACGUCGCCGCCAACGAAUGUAUAGCGAUUUCAGACUCGGAAGAAAACCGUCCGGAAACAGCCAAAUUUGGAGCCACUUUUCCCUGGCCACUUUGACCAAGCCCAUCGUCGAGUACGGACUCAAUGCGAUUGUAAUUCCGUUCGGAGUUUUGACGAGCAAGUACUUUCUGAACGCGCCCGAGUACAUCAACAUGGGCACGCUGGGGUCGAUGAUGGCCCACGAAAUAAUCCACCACUUUGAUCCAACCGGGAUAAAUUACGAUGCGAUCGGGAAAAGGACGACGGCCAUCACAACGCUGAAUGAGUACAUUUUCCAAGACCUGACCACCCAACUCGAGCAGCAGUUUUCAUUCCAGAAGUCGUUCUUCCUCGAAAAUGGCGGAGUCGCUGAUUUUACAGUCAAGUCGGAGUUGUCGAUGAACGAGCGCUUUGCAGACGUGGGCGCCAUGGACUUGGCCUUUGAGGUUUACAACGAGUGGCGCGUCGAGGCCCAAGGCAAAAACAAAAGCGACCUCAACUUGCCCUACAUUAACUACGACCACGCCAAGAGCUUCUUCAUAGCUCACGCUCAGAUGUUUUGCACCAGGAAGGAGUUUUUGGAUCACAGGGUGGAGCUGUACGAAGCAGAACACUUGCCACCGCAACUUCGGGUUGACAUGAUUAUGAAAAACUCAAAGUACUUCAUGAAGACUUUCGCCUGUCCAACAAAACAGAACAAAAUUAUUCCCAGUCUUGAUGCCAUGCUGUGAUUUCAGCCGAAGUAUUAAUAAUGCUUAUAUUAAACUUGGUUCCUUUUCCAUUGUUAAAAAAAGAUUUUAAUUCAAAUUGUUUUAUUAUUUAAAAAUCAUAACAUUCACAUAGACAACAUAAUUUGCUCAUAAAUAACACACUGCCUAGCACAAUUAAUAAAUUACUAAUAUUUACACACCCUAAAAAUUAGAA